AUGUUUUCUUCUGGAACGAAGAAGUCCAAUGUGAACUCUCGGAGACAGCAGCCUCCUGGUACCACAGCGAUCGAUUCUCCGAUCACUCCUCUCGGUGAGAGACGAAGUUUAUUCCCUGAUAACACUGUCCCAAAUCGUCCAAGUACUGGCACCCCCGCUCCUUGGGCUCCUCGCUUGUCAGUUCUUGCCAGAAUUCCUCAAGUUAAUAGAAGUGGAAAAGGGGAUGAAUCAGAAUUGAUUAAACCUGUAUAUGUUGGAGAGUUUCCUCAAGUGGUCCGUGAUCAGCAAGCCAGCUUGCUUCUGAAACGAGUUGCUGUUGAAGAUUGCACAUGUGGCGGCAUUGAAAGGCAGACAUCCCUUGCUUGGAUUAUUUGUGGAAACCAGCUCUUCAUUUGGAGCUACUUGUCACCUGCUUCUUCAAUGAAGUGUGUUGUUCUUGAAAUUCCUCCAAAUAUCUCAGAGAAUAGAGAUGGUAGAAAAAAUGAUGCAAGUUUUUGGUUUCUCUCUGUUAUUAAUUGGACUAACACAUCUGUGGGAACUAAUAAAAUUGGAAAACAUUGUAACUCUGCUGGUGUUGUUUUGUGUAAUCGAAUUACACGGGCUGUCAUAUAUUGGCCUGACAUGUAUUCACAAUCAGAGAAUGCUUCAGUCACAAGUCUUGCAUCUUCUAAUGAGCUGGAGGUUACUUCCACUCCUGAUGGGAAAGAAACCUCGAGUAGGCAAUGGAGACUAAGCAAGGUGGGGAGUAGCUCAAGUGGAUCGCGCAUGCUUAACUCUUUGAUUGCUUCUGCUGUUCCUGGUCAUAAGUUUACUUGUGUUGCCCUUGCAUGUAGCUCAAAUGGUGAACUUUGGGAGUUUUUGUGCAGCCCUUAUGGCAUUCAGCGAAAAAAAGUAUGUGAAAAUAUUUUGCAGUUUCCCAUCCAAGGGGGUGAUUCUGGUCAACUAAUCAGCAACAAGGGAUAUCCAAGGUCAAUGACAUGGUGUUUUCCUUACCACUUAACAGAGGAAUCAAACCGGCAAUUUUUAGUAUUGACUGAUCAUGAGAUACAAUGUUUUAGGGUAGAACUUAGUUCUAAUAUGCAUGCCUCAAAGCUUUGGUCUCAGAAAAUUGUUGGGACAGAUGCUGAUGUGGGUAUUAAGAAGGAUCUGGCUGGUCAAAAAGGAAUAUGGCCCCUUGACAUGCAGGUAGAUGAUCAUGGUAAAGUGAUUACCAUUCUUGUUGCAACCUUCUGUAAGGACCGAGUAAUUAGUUCAAGCUAUGUGCAAUAUUCUCUUCUAACUAUGCAAUAUAAAUCAGACUUGGGUGUGGGGAUUAUGAAUGACAAAAUUUUGGAAAAGAAAGCCCCUAUAGAGGUGAUAAUUCCAAAAGCCAGAGUUGAAGAUGAAACUUUCUUGUUUUCCAUGAGGCUUCGGGUUGGAGGCAGGCCUUCAGGGUCAGCAGUCAUAAUAUCUGGGGAUGGAACAGCAACAGUCUCACAUAACUAUAGGAACUCUACUCGACUAUAUCAAUUUGAUCUUCCCUAUGAUGCUGGAAAAGUGCUAGAUGCUUCAGUUCUUCCUUGUGCAGAUGAUUAUGAAGAAGGAGCAUGGGUUGUGUUAACAGAAAAAGCUGGAAUAUGGGCGAUACCUGAGAAGGCUGUUAUACUUGGUGGAGUUGAACCACCUGAACGGAGUUUAUCACGCAAAGGAAGCUCAAAUGAAAGAUCUGCACAAGAAGAGAUAAGAAAUCAUACCUUUGCAGGUAAUGUUGCCCCCAGAAGGGCUAGUUCUGAAGCAUGGGAUAAUGGAGAGAGACAAAGGUCAGGUUUGAGUGGGAUCACACGUCGAACUGUGCAAGAUGAAGAAUCAGAAGCUCUUCUGAGUCAUCUUUUCAAUGAAUUUUUAUCAUCUGGGGAAGUUGACAGAUCAUUUGAAAAGCUAGAAAGUUCAGGUUCAUUUGAAAGGGAUGGGGAAACAAAUGUUUUUGUGAGGAUGAGUAAGUCAAUCAUUGACACCUUAGCUAAACACUGGACGACAACCAGAGGUGCAGAGAUUUUGGCCAUGGCUGUUGUUUCCACCCAGCUUUUAGAAAAGCAGCAGAAACAUCAAAAGUUUCUCCAGUUUCUUGCCUUAUCCAAAUGCCAUGAGGAGCUAUGUUCUAAACAAAGACAAGCUUUGCAAACUGUCUUGGAGCAUGGUGAAAAAUUAGCUGCAAUGAUUCAGCUGAGGGAAUUGCAGAAUCUAAUUAGCCAGAAUCGUUCAACUAGUGUUGGCUCCACAAAUUCUAGUUUGCAAAUUCAGAUGUCAGGUGCCCUUUGGGAUGUGAUACAAAUAGUUGGUGAGAGAGCCCGCAGGAAUACAGUACUUCUGAUGGAUAGAGAUAAUGCUGAAGUGUUUUACAGUAAGGUUUCUGAGCUGGAAGAUUUCUUUUACUGCUUAGAUGGAGAGUUAGAAUGUGUUAUAAGCCCUGAACAGCCUUCUGGGAUCCUGAUCCAGAGGUUAUGUGAACUCUCAAAUGCGUGUGUCACUAUAAUUAAGACGUGCUUUAACUAUAAGAAUGAGAAUCGUUUAUGGUAUCCACCUCCUGAGGGUUUAGCACCUUGGUAUUGUCGACCUGUGGUACGCAAGGGGGUGUGGAGUGUUGCUUCUGUUUUGCUUCAGUUGUUAAAUGAAAUAUCUGGACUUGAUAUGUAUGCAAAAUUAGAUUUGUAUAAUCAUCUUCAAGCACUAGCUGAAGUGCUGCUUGAGGCAUAUGCUGGAGCUGUCACAGCUAAAAUUGAGCGAAGUGAAGAGCACAAAAGUCUGCUCAAUGAGUACUGGGAGAGGCGGGACAUGCUUCUUGUUUCUCUUUAUCAACAAGUCAAAGACUAUGAAGCUAGCCACAAGGUUUCAAUUGAAGGAAAUAAAAAUCAGAGUGAGGAAGCUGUUUUGAAGAUUACUUCACAUUUGCUAUCAAUUGCUAAAAGGCAUGGGUGCUACAAAAUUAUGUGGCAAAUAUGCUGUGACAUGAAUAAUUCAGAAUUACUGAGAAAUAUUAUGCAAGAAAGCUUAGGACCUAAUGGAGGAUUUAGUUACUAUGUCUUUAAACAACUGCACGAAAGCAGACAAUUUUGUGAACUUUUAAGACUAGGGGAAGAGUUUCCAGAUGAGUUGACUAUUUUUCUGAAGGAACAUCCUGAUCUUCUUUGGCUUCAUGAGUUGUUCCUUCAUCAGUUUUCCUUGGCAUCAGAAACUCUACAUGAAUUGGCUCUCACUCAAAGCAAGAAGUCUACCUCAGUUGCUGAAGAGAAAGAGCUGGAAUAUGUUAAUUCAAAACUAAAAUUAGCUGAGAGAAAGCAUCUUUUAUAUCUUUCUAAGAUUGCUGCUGUUGCAGCUGGUGAGGAUACUGAUUCCCAAGCGAAGGUUGACCGUAUAGAGGCUGAUUUGAAGAUUCUAAAGUUACAGGAGGAAAUAAUGAAACUUCUUACUCCCAUAGAAGAUAAGCAACUUGAUGAGCAACAACUACUUCAUCCAGAAGACUUGAUUAAAUUAUGCCUGGAAGGUGAAGGGCAAGAGCUCUCAUUGUGGGCCUUCGAUGUGUUUGCGUGGACCAGUUCCUCUUUUCGUAAAACCCAUAGAAAGCUUUUGGAGGAAUGCUGGAAGAAGGCGGCGAGUCAGGAUGAUUGGAGCAAGUUUUUCGAGUCAUCCAUAGUUGAGGGAUGGAGCGACGAAGAAACCCUGCAGAAUUUGAGCAACACAGCACUUUUCCAGGCUUCAAGACGGUGCUACGGACCCGAAGCAGUAACAUUCGAAGAGGGCUUUGAGCAAGUAUUGCCCCUGAGAGAAGAAAACUUGGAGAAUUCGGUUAUGGGCGAUAUGUCUUCUUCCGUGGAAGCACUAUUGAUGCAGCACAAGGAUUUUCCAGUUGCAGGCAAGCUUAUGCUAAUGGCAAUCAUGUUAGGCUGUGAGCAGGAAAAUACUAGACUCCAAGAGGGUCCUUCCCCCAUGGAAUAGCAUGGCAAAAGAUGCAAAAGGCAGUUUGCGUUUCUCUCAUAAUAGUCUCAUAUAUACCAGCUUUGAAGGUACCAAUAUAUAAUGUUUUGUAGGAUAGAGUGUGGUAGGAAUCAAUACACUGAAUGUUUUCAUAAUUGAAAUAUGUUGGCCAAGAAACGUAGUGGUAUCUUUCAUGUUUAUA